CAGUGUCGAAAUCGCAACUUGACGCCACUUCCUGAAAGAUUGACAGCCCGGGCGCCUGUGAGCUGUGCUGUGGAAGUGCUCCUGUUGUYAGAGAACAAAACUGGCGUCACCAUCCGGCUCGCACCGGGCUAACUUUACUACUUUUUACACAAGUUUAGAACCGGAGCGCUCGGUCCGGGAGUCUUCGCACACCGACGGGGAAUGAAAGCAGAGCGGACGCGGCGAACGAAGUAGAAGAGAAAGGAGGCAGACCCGUACGUUUGAUGGCUGCUGGGGAUGGAGCCCAGCUGCCGGCCACUGUAGCGGCCAGCCGGAGCGUGGAGAAGGCUCUGGAGGAGGCUGCCGCCAGCGGGGCUCUCAACCUGUCCAACCGAAAACUGAAGGAGUUUCCCCGCAGCGCCAGGAACUACGACCUGUCSGACAUCACACACGCAGAUUUGUCAAAGAACCGCCUGUGUGAGCUUCCAGAGGAGCUCUGUCAGUUCAUCUCUUUGGAGACUCUCAGUUUGUACCACAAUGGGAUGCGUUCACUGUCCUCCAGCUUGGGCAACCUCCAGGCCCUCACCUACCUCAACCUCAGUCGUAAUCUCCUGUCUGGUUUACCCACGUCGGUGUUUCAGCUUCCCCUCCUGCGAGUGCUCAUCGUCAGCAACAACAAGCUGUCUUCACUGCCCUCCUCUAUUUUCUCCCUCACACACCUCCGACAGCUGGAUGUGAGCUGUAACGAGCUGCAGAGCCUACCUGCAGAACUUGGUCAGCUGGAGUGUCUGAGGGACCUGAACCUGAGGCGAAACCAGCUCAUCACAUUGCCAGAAGAAAUAUCUGAACUUCCACUUGUUCGGCUCGACGUGUCCUGUAAUCGGAUUUCCCACGUGCCCCUGUGCUUCCGCCACCUCCGGCAUCUGCAGACUAUCCUGCUGGACAACAACCCGCUGCAGAUGCCACCUGCGCAGAUUUGCUCCAAAGGCAAAUAUCACAUCUUCAAGUACCUGAACAUGGAGGCCUGCAAGAGUCACGAGGAGCUGGAGAAACACCUGAACCUGAGGCCCACUGGUUUUAAAUGCUGCCUGUCGGACCAGGAGCUCUUUGGAGGACUGGACUCUGGCUUUAACAGUGUGGACAGUGGCAACAAAAGAUGGUCGGGGAAUGAGUCAGCAGAUGAUUUCUCAGAUCGUUCUCUUCGGUUGGCUGACAUCAGCAGGGACCAGAGGAACCUGGACGAGGAAGAGGAGGAGGAGGAAGAGAGAUCUUGCAAAGCUAACAAUGUAAACGGAGCGUGUGAACAGGACGACUCAGGAGAAGAGGAGGAGAUCAGAAUAGAUCCAGCCACACCUCCUGUGGAGCAGGAGAGAUCAUCUUCAUCGCCCCAAAACCAGGAUGUGUCUUCACGCAGGUCCAGUUUCAACAUAGAGGUGGGCUCCCAGUCAUCGAUGUCCACAUCUCCCUUGUUCCCCUCCAGCCCCACCCUGGAGGAGCGCAAGAGGCCCGGCACCCUGUUCAUCUGGCAGGAGAGGGAACGCCUUCAGCAGCAGAGGGAGAAGGCCAGUUUGCUGAAGCCUUCAACCAAAACAGGAAGUCAUGUGGCAACUGCAUCACAGACAGGAAGUAGCUCGUGUGGUACAUCACCAGAGAAUGGCACCUCCCUGUCAGGUCUGCGGCAGAGAUGUGCGAGUGCUGAUCAGAUGUGUCCUUCAGUCCUCCUGCACCGCUCAAGCAGCAGAACAGACGUGCCGUCCUCCCCGAAGACGUCCCCWCCUCCCGGUCAGGCUCAGAGACCCAACAGCUUUCUGUUUCGUACCUCGUCCCGCAGCAACGUGAAACCCCCAGGGUGCAGCUUCACUCUCGGGGAGUCUGGCAGGAGUGAGUCACGCACCACUCUGCGUUCACCAAAAGAGGAGAGACCUGAAGUUAUACAGCUGCGCAAGACUUUGGAGUCUCGGCUGAAAGUGGCUCUGCCAGAAGAUCUGGGUGAAGCUCUGUCCAACGGUACCGUCCUCUGCCAGCUGGUCAACCACAUCCGACCCCGCUCCGUGUCAAUCAUUCACAUUCCCUCCCCUGCAGUG